UCACUUUCUAGGGAAGUGACACAGAAGAAUUGUGGGAAGCUGCCUGUUCCUGGAUGGCCGUGUCUGGCCCCGAGACUCUUGUGCGCCCUCACCCACAGACAUCGCUGAUUUUCAGGUGGCUGAAAGAGGCAAAGCAAAGAUGACGGAGACCACACUCAGCUCCACAUUCUCCAUCGUUGUGAAAUCUUUGUUAGGAAAUAUUAUUUCUGUGCCAGUGUCUUUGGACGAUACGGUUCUGGACCUAAAGAUGAAGUUAUUUGCACUGGAUAGCUAUUUCUACCCUUCUCAGGCACGACUGUUUCAUGAUGGCCAGCAGAUGGCGAACGAACUAACUCUCAGACAUUACAACAUUACCUCCAACAGCAUUGUACACCGCGUUGAAAGGUUGCGAGGUGGUGGUUCAGCUCCCUUAAAGGGCAAGGAAGAUGUCUCAGCCAUAGGCAAUCAAGAACCAGAGAUUCAACAACAGGGUUUAUCAGGAAUUGCCUCAAGGAUAAAAAUGGAAAGUGGUUUGGCGGAUGCCAUCUCAAUUAUCGAAAUGAAGAGCUAUCUGGCAGGCAUCACCUCAACAAGUGCAGAGGAAAUCCAGAAAUGGCCACAGUCAGAUGUCCCAGCAGAGGAAAGAAGCUGUCACUGUGUGAGGCAGUUCUCUUGCCAUAGUCGAACAGAGAGAGCAAACUUGAGAGGAGAGGAGGAAUGGCAGCAUGUCCCAGCUCGGCGACGCAGGCAACCGCCAUCUCGACCUACCUCGGUUCCCCAGGUGCCUCUGAGUAAUAGGUUUGAAGCUCUGAAACCAGAAGAAGAGGAACUUCAAGAAGAGAAGCUGGAGAUAGAUCCAUACGUUUUGAAGGAACAAAACAUAUACAAAGCUUGUCUCCCUGGACCAGGCACCUUCCAGUGCUCUGAGACAGGCCUUGCUUUUGAGGUGGAGUCAGCAGCGACCAUCGUGUACAGAUAUGAUUCCUGGAGCACGCAUCUGAAAGAGGCUGACCAGAAUGUGUGGGUACCUGCUGGGCCUCUUUUCAACAUCUGGGCGCUGCCUGGAACCGUGCGGGCUGUGUAUCUCCCACACUUCAUCUGUCUGUCAGAUGUAGACAUCAGUGGAUGCUCUAUUGCCCAUUUUGAAUUCCAGAAGAUGACCAUGCAGCAACCAACAGAAGUGAUGGCUUUCUCUGCUGUUCUGGAGAAUCCCAGCUUCUCUCUUCUUGGGGUGGUUUGGAGAAAGUUACGUUCAGCCAUUUCUCUCCCUAUGCACUCCUUAGUGCUGAUCUUCCAGCAGCUCCGCGCUGCAAAUACAACCCUACAUCUCUACCUGAUCCCAGAUGACAAUUCUGUGAAGCAGGUAAGGUGAAGGGGACCAGUUCAGAGGAUGAUGUCCGGGGUGGCUGCAGUUGCAGGGAAUGCAUUUGUUAAGCAGA